ACAGUUCACGAUGUAGAAUGCACGGUGCGCAGAAGAGAGUGGACUUUCGCCUCUACGUUGCCGUUGGUCGCUGUUGGCGGUGAUCGCGAGAAAUGCGUAACCUAUGGCAGUGUUAUAAUGACGAUUCGCGAAACAGUCAUUUGAUAAGGCUGAUGAUAACGCACGCACACGCGCCUACCUCGUCGUUUAUCGCUUAAUUGGCACGCAAGCGUAAUGAACGCGCUCCAACCCCUGGUCGGGCAAUUCUGUCUCGUCAGCGGAACGACCCGGGCGACUCGGAUUGUCAGUCGCGGUUAAACGAAUUAAUUUGUUUGCGCCGCCGGUUCCCGACAGCCGCGCGAGUCAUCAAGUAUGCUCAUUGAAUUACGCCCGACGUCCAAUUAUCUCGAGAACAACCGAUUGUAUCGUGCUAAUUGUCGCGGCCGCAAGUAAGCUCGUCGCCGCUCUGCAGAGCGGCAGCAGCAGGAUAAUCUCGGUGGUGCCAAUUUACAAUGAACCAUAUUGUUGACAACUGAGAUACAGCAAGCUGGAGUAUUUAAUGUUGAAGAUGCACUGGUUAGCUAUGAUAAUGUGCCUGUAUGCUGGGCUAGCUAGUGCACGCACAGAAGAGGACCAGCAGGCAUCAAAUACAGACGGGAUUCCUAAUUCUCCUCCGGUGCAGUGUUUCUACAGACAGGCGAUUGACUGCCCGAACAUCGGCGCGGAUUCAAACGAGUGUCCCUGCAAGAAGAUCACACUUGCCAAUGUAGUUGAGCCCCAUGCUGCGCUCUGCUGUAAUAUAAACAGCCAGACUUUAGAAUAUGGCCUCUCUUGUAUGGGCUUCCCUUGGCUGAACAUAAGCUACGUGCAUAUACGCAACGCAACCCUAGAUGUAUUUAAGACGAGUGAACGCCGAUGGAGGCAACUGAAGUCACUGGCCAUGACCGAUGGCAGGAUUAGUCGAGUGAAGGGGCAGUUUCUUAUGAAGACACCUAUAGUAUGUCUGAAUCUGUCGAAUAACGCGCUGGUCGAGGUGGAGAAUAACUCGUUGACGCGGUUAGAGCAGCUCGCCACUUUGGAUCUGUCCUAUAACAAUCUCACUCACUUACCAGCAUUGAACACAAACGGUCGUGAAUUCUGGCUAGACAUCUCAGGUACAAACACGCUCUGGUGCCACGAUAUUUACCAAUAUAUCAACAGAACGGGCGAGAUGCAAAUCACUUUUAAUCGCGAGAACGAGACGGUCUGUUCCGCUAGUAAAACAUGGCAUUGGUUCAACACCACUGAGCAAGUGCCGCUUAAACAAGUCCGUUAUCUCAGCUCGUUGCAAACAGAAUGUCCGAAAGGCGACACCUGGCAGUGUCAGUGUAACGUCAGCAGGAUGGACAUUGUCGAAGGGAAGCCGCCUACCUUCGCCGUAUACGUAGAUUGCAGCGGCAUUCAAUUAACGGAAUUGCCGGAGAAAUUGCCGCGCAACACCAUCACGCUCAAUGUUUCCUAUAAUAACAUCACCGUCUUGGACGAUCUGAGCACCAAUCCGUGCUACGAAGAUUUACGCGAGUUCUACGCCGAUUAUAAUAACAUCACCUCGAUAAACAAGCUGGAGGGCUCCAAGUUUCUGGAUAAUUACGCCCUUCUGAGUCUACGGUACAAUAAAAUUAAAUCACUGCCAACGUAUAUUCUAAGUCCGAACGUGUACAAUAAGAAUUUCGCGACUCUGAGCUCGCGAUUAGUCAAAUUAGGCGGCAACGAGUUACAUUGUGAUUGCAACACCGCUAAAUUUCUCAAGGCAUGGUUGCAGACGCGGAUAUUGGACGCCGACGAGGUGAUGUGUGAGAACGAGAAGAGAAAAGUUUUAGAGCUAGAUGUAGCGAGGAUGUGCGUGUACCCGGGAGACUGGACUGACUAUAUAUAUUAUAUUAUCGGUAUCGAGGUAAUGAUUCUCAUCGGCUUGAUAGUCAAAGUAUCGUACGACUAUUGGGUGCUGAAGACUGCAGGAUAUCUUCCGUGGCCGGCGAAUAGGAUGCCGAAAUUACCUUGUGAUUGGCUGUGCGAAAGAUUCACGAAGUAAUCUCUACAUGUACAAGUCCAUGACAAGCGUUUGAUAAAUAUUUUACAUCGCCUAAAACGUGUGCAAUCGUUAAACGAAGAGGGAGUUAUGAUACGUUUAUAUCGUUUGUAUUUAAUUAACACAACCCAACGAUCUAAUCUAAUAUAGUGUGUGCGUAUGCUUCGAUUAUGCAGCGUGAAUUUUAUCGCUGGCCAUCUCGUGCUCGAGACUCGCGAGCCUAAACAAGUGGUACCGCGAUAUAAUUGCGCAUCUUGUAUGUAAUACGAAGUAUAUUACGAUAUUUUUGCAAAAGGAGGGUUUUAUAAAAAAGAGCGCAAAAGCGUUUCUAUGUAAAAGACUUAUAAAAAUCAUAUAUUUACAUUUUAUAUAUAU